UUUAACUUUAUCCUGUUUUGAAACUGCAUUGCGUUCUUGUUUUUCCUUACCUGUUAAUUCGUGACAGUUGUAAACCGAAGCACAGGUCGACCAGCACUGGGAUUUAUUUCACGUGGAGCAGUUUGGAUGGAGUUAAGAGCGGUGACAGAGCCGCGAAUUUAGGAUGUCUUCAGGCGCAUCUCGACGGCAGCGACGACACCAGGCAGACAAAUAUAUUUCCUGGAAAGACAGACAGAUAAACCAAUGUAUGGGGUCUUUUGAGGAUGCUUUACAAGCACAGCAAGCACCUGAGUGGACGAUACAAGAAGUCCGCACAUCACUUCGUCUGGCUCCUCUGUCUUUGGGUUAACCUUCUCCCUCAAGUGGAUGGCUUCUUUAUGUCAGACGCUAAGGCCGUCCUGCAAGGGUGUGAUGACCACUGGACUUUACAAGAGCAGGGGCGUAUGCCUGUGCUCUUUCAAACGACGGUAUGCGUGGACGUACAAGUCCUUUCCCCAGGCGAGUGGACAGCAUUUAGCUACGUCUCGGCCCCUGCACCCCGCUAUGAACUUGCCCUGCAGGGGGAUGCAAACAACCUGUACGCCUGGCUCUUGGGUGUACGCCACCAGUUCACUGUCCAGCUGACCGCUCGUCGCUGGUACCACAUAUGUCUACGGUGGGACGCCCCUCACAAAAGCUUCAGCCUGACGAUAGGUGACAACUCGGAAGUAUACCAGCGGACCGCCAUUGCCCGAGCAAUCCCUCCUUCAGGACGCCUUCUGCUGGGAUGCCAAGCAAGCGAAGCCUCCCCUGGGGCGAAAUUGGCCACCGUGGAGCUCUACCUGUUCCGCAUAUGGGACGAUGUUGGAGAGCACAGGGCCUGUGAGGAUGGGACGGUAAUUGGCUGGGACUCACGACUCUGGGCCGUCACACGAGCCCAGGCUAGAGUCAAAGAUUAUACGUUGCAAUGCGGUAUAGGGCAUCUGCGUAAGAAACGCAGUAUAGACGGAACAACAGUCCUAUCCACAUCCCAAGGACCAGCCAGCACCCGAGAGUUUGCCUCGACAUCUAGUCCACUCUACUCGAUGUUAUCUUCCAUAAUUAGCAGUACACAGAAAACCACCACCCAAGGAGAGGACUUAAAGUCCUCAAGUCAUAUCGUAAGCACACCCUCUGCUUCAACCUCACAAGCCACAACCACAUCAAAACCUGAAGGACUCACUUCAACAACAUCCACGUCUUCAAUUACUCCCAUUGCAUCAACAGAAAUUCCCCUCAUAUCAGCUACCACAUCAAACACUAUCACACCAGCGCUGACUGGUUCAGCUGUUAGUAACACAAAUACCGUGCCAAAUGCUAGUGAAUUAAUCACGUCGCCUCCAACUCCAGCCUCACCUACAUCUUACAUAACCACUCAGACUACCCAGAGCAUGUCAAUAUCUGCCCAGACACUUUCAAGCAAUCACAUAACUUUCAAAACAACAGUCAAUCAUAUGACAGCGAGCUCUUCCGCUGCACCAACUGUCAUGACUCAAGUAACCAAUCAGACAGCGGUUCUACGAACAACGACGUCCAAUGUAUUAUUCACAGACUCAUUCGUGGUACAGUGUAACUUUUCCCAGUACUGCGCUAAUGAAUCAUCAUACUACUGGAUGCUUGUGGAAGUGAAUGGCUCUGAUAUGACAGAGGAAGAGAUUCAAAUUUGGUUUUCAGAUCUCUUUAAUAAAAGCACCUGCUCUGCUGGAGUUUCGACAACAGGAAUGGAUACUACAUCAUGCCAAACUGACAUAGUCUUUGCGACUGCUGAAGUUAGAUGUGAUGCCAAGCAGAACAUCCAGAGGACAAACUGCACUGUGCUGCUCCAGCUGAGCCAACCUGUGAAUACGUGCAUCCUCCGAAGGCUGUUGCAAAAUAGUAUUAUAAACCAAUCGAUCCAGAUUCAGCUUAUGGGAGAUGUUGAAAGAGUGGGCAAAGGCCUGUGCCCAGAGCAGAAUAUUUCACCCCCUGGAGGUGAUUUUGUGCACUGCACAUCUUCAAUGUCUUAUGAUGAUGUCUGCAACACCCAGGGGCCUGUCAGCGUCACAUGUUCUUAUAAGGAAAAUGGCUUUGUUCCUAACGACUUGGUUGCUAUUCAGUCCUGUGAAGUUGAGAACCAACAAUAUUGUGAGUGUCACGUGUCCACCAACAGCGAGACAUAUUAUGCUGUUCGUCUAAAUAUUACAAGCCCAGAUGUGAAUUUCAUCUACAUUCAGAACAUGGCAGUACAGUUGAGCACUCCCUGCAGCGACUCCAGUAUGCAAGGGUCUCUGUGUAAUUCUUUUAAUGAAGUAUCCACGUUGUAUCAGGGAAUGCACUUGGAAUGUUUUGGUGAAGGAACAAGGAUCUACACGUGUAUGUUAACUCUGCAGCUGUCAAAACAGCUGGAUGUGUGUACUGUUCGUACUGCUAUUGCCGUUCUUUUGAAGGGCAGUACCAACAUUACACCUGAUGGACCUGUCAGUCGAAUAGCCAUAUGUCAUUUACCCACUGAUUCGAAUACCAUUCCUUUGAACUCAACAUUCACUUGGAUGUCAGUAAACGUCAGUUCCAGUCACAUUGAUGACAUCAAAAACUAUUUGAAAUGUGCACAGGGUGAGACAUUUGCUGUUAUUUUAAAUGAGAGCUGUGAAGUCUCGUCUUCUGAGGCCUACGUAACUCAAGCUGUCCCUCCAAUAACAAGUGUUGAGAGCAGUGCUAAUUCCCCAAGCAUCCCGUCUCCAUCUGUAACUACAAAUUGGCUACUGACCAACCAAACCUACACUUCAGUCAGACCAUCAGUCACAAACAAUUCUAAUACACCACUCAAUUCAACAGCUCUAACAUUCAACAGUACAGUCAAUCAAACAAACAAUGUGUCACAUUAUACAGCAAGUCUGCCCCUCAGUUCAACAAGAAGUACAUCACAAAACAUAACAACUACAACGGUCAGUACAACACAUAAAACAUCUAAUGUAACACCUCAAGCGGUCAAUACAACAGCUACAACACACAAUACGACAACCUCAACAGGUACAUCAAACAGUAUACCACCAUCAUCGGUCAGUACAGUAAAUAUGACACACAAUAUAACAAUCCCAACAGUCAGCACACUGGGUAUAACGCACAAUAUAACAACCUCGCCAGUUAGUACAACAGGUACAUCAAACAGUAUACCAACAUCAUCGGUCAGUACAACAAAUAUGACACACAAUAUAACAAUCCCAACAGUCAGCACAUUGGGUAUAACGCACAAUAUAACAACCUCGCCAGUUAGUACAACAGGUACAUCAAACAGUAUACCACCAUCAUCGGUCAGUACAGUAAAUAUGACACACAAUAUAACAAUCCCAACAGUCAGCACACUGGGUAUAACGCACAAUAUAACAACCUCGCCAGUUAGUACAACAGGUACAUCAAACAGUAUACCAACAUCAUCGGUCAGUACAACAAAUAUGACACACAAUUCAACAACCCCACCAGUCAGCACAACAGCUACACCAUAUAGUAUAUCAAUCUUAGCAGUCAAUACAACAAAUACAACACACGAUAUAAUAACCCCAAUAGUUGGCCCAACAAGUACACCAUACAAUAUAACCUCACCAGUCAAAAUAACACUCAAUAAAACAACCUCAGUGGAGAGUACAACAAACACAACACUUAAUGAAACAACCCCACUGGGCAAUACAGUAGAUAUAAUAGACAAUACAACAACUUCAAUGGUCAGUACAACACAUGAUGCAACAACUCAAACGAUCGACACAUUACAUACAACAGACAAAAUAACAACCUCAGUGGUCAGUACAGAACACACAACAAUUGAUGUAACAGCUCAAUCGGUUGAUACAAAGGAUACAACAAACAAUAUAAUGACUUCAGUGGUCACUACAACACAUAAAACAUCUAAUGUAACACCUCAAGCGGUCAAUACAACAGCUACAACACACAAUACAACAACCUCAACAGGUACAUCAAACAGUAUACCAACAUCAUCGGUCAGUACAACAAAUAUGACACACAAUUCAACAACCCCACCAGUCAGCACAACAGCUACACCAUACAGUAUAUCAAUCUUAGCAGUCAAUACAACAAAUACGACACACGAUAUAAUAACCCCAACAGUUGGCCCAACAAGUACACCAUACAAUAUAACCUCACCAGUCAAAAUAACACUCAAUAAAACAACCUCAGUGGAGAGUACAACAGACACAACACUUAAUGAAACAACCCCACUGGGCAAUACAGUAGAUGUAAUAGACAAUACACCGACUUCAAUGGUCAGUACAACACAUGAUGCAACAACUCAAACGAUCAAUACAUUACAUACAACAGACAAAAUAACAACCUCAGUGGUCAGUACAAAACACACAACAAUUGAUGUAACAGCUCAAUCGGUUGAUACAAAAGAUACAACAAACAAUAUAAUGACUUCAGUGGUCAAUACAACAUAUAAAACAUCCAAUGUAACACCUCAAACAGAGAAUACAGCAGUUACAACAAACAAUGUAACAACCUCACCUGUCAGUACAACAGAUAAAACAUCCAAUGUAACCCCUCAAAUGGAGAAUACAGCGGUUACAACACAUGAUGUAACAACCUCACCUGUCAGUACAACAGAUAAAACAUCCAGUGUAACCCCUCGAACGGAGAAUACAGCAGUUACAACACACAUUGUAACAACCUCAACUGUCAGUACAACAGAUAAAACAUCCAAUCUAAGACCUCAAUCGGAGAAUACAGCAGUUACAACACACAAUGUAACAACCUCACCUGUCAGUACAACAGAUAAAACAUCCAAUGUAACCCCUCAAAUGGAGAAUACAGCAGUUACAACACACAUUGUAACAACCUCACCUGUCAGUACAACAGAUAAAACAUCCAAUGUAAGACCUCAAUCGGAGAAUACAGCAGUUACAACACACGAUGUAACAACCUCACCUGUCAGUACAACAGAUAAAACAUCCAAUGUAAGACCUCAAUCGGAGAAUACAGCAGUUACAACACACGAUGUAACAACCUCACCUGUCAGUACAACAGAUAAAACAUCCAAUGUAACCCCUCAAAUGGAGAAUACAGCAGUUACAACACACAUUGUAACAACCUCACCUGUCAGUACAACAGAUAAAACAUCCAAUGUAACCCCUCAAAUGGAGAAUACAGCAGUUACAACACACAUUGUAACAAACUCACCUGUCAGUACAACAGAUAAAACAUCCAAUUUAACAACUCAACCGGUCAAAACAGCAGUUACAACACACAAUAUAACAACCUCAGUGGUCAGUGAAACACAUACAACACUCAGUGUAGCAACGCAACCUGUGAAUACAGCAAGUACGCCACACAAUACAACAACCUCACCUGCCAAAACAACAGCUACAUCAAACUUCAAUGUAACUGCUCAAUUGGCCAAUACAGAUGACAAUAUAACAACCUCAGUGGUCAAUACAACACAUACAACACUUAGUGUAGCAACUCACCCAGUCAGUACAGCAAGUACACCACACAAUAUAACAAUCCAACCUGUCAGUAUAACAGCUAUAUCAAACAAUACAAACUCACAAGUUAAAACAACAGGUACAGGCUCGACACUCAGCGUAACAACCUCACCUGUCAGUACAAGAGACACAACACUCAAUAUAACAAGUUCGCCUCUGCAAACAACAGGUACGCCACACAAUUUAGCAACCUCACCAAUCAAUACAACAUUAUUGGAUAAUACAACAUCUAAAAUAACAACCACACUAGAUAACACAACAGGUACCUCAGACAAUAUACCAACAUCACUGGUCAGUACAACAAAUAAGACGCACAAUAUAACAACCUCACCAGUCAGCACAACACAAACGCCCGCCAAUUUAACAACCUCACUGAGCCAUACAACAGAUACAGCAGGUGCACCACACAAUAUAACAACCUCAGUGGUCAGUACAACAGAUACAACACACAAUAUAUCAACCUCACCAGUCAACACAACAGCUACACUACACAAUACACCACAAUUACUGGAUAGUACAACAAAUACAACACCUAAUAUAACAACCACACCAGAGAGCACAACAGGUGGACGAAAUAUAACAACCCCACCGGUCAAUACAACAGUUACAGUACACAAUUUAACAUAUUCACCAGCCAAUACAACAGUCACACCACUCAACCAAACUGUCACAAGACUUAAUUCAACAACCCCUCCGGUCAGUACAACAGCCACAUCACAUGACACAACUAAUGCGAUAGUCACAACAUUUGAUAACACUACAACUCUCGGCACAUUUACCAGUCCACUUAAUAUAACAGAUAUGCCACUCAAUACAACAGCCAUACAAUCUUCUGAGGUGGCAACAACAACACCACCCAAUACAACGGCACAGAUAAGUGAAACUACAACAAUUGAAACAAUAAAUGCAACAGUCACAAGUCACUUUACUACUGCCAUGCCACUCAACUCAACAGUCACACCAUUCAGUACAACAGUAACACUUCCAAACUCAACUUUCAAAUCUGUAAUUGUUGAAAAUGCGACCGAGUCUAACACAAAUAGAUCUCAAAUCUCUGAUGCAGAGUCUAACACGACCACAACCUUUCUGCCAAAUACAACACUGCUUAACUUGACAACACCAUCACAAAGCACAUUACACCUAAAUGCAACAACACCCCCAUUAAAUACUACACAACACACCACCCUAUUUAUGACACAUUUAAACACCACAGGUCAAGAUAACACAACAACGUUUAACACUACAUUAUUCACUCACAAUGUAACAUCUCUCAUAGAAAAUAGUACAGAUUUAGCACCAUUUAAUGUGACAGACUUUAAUGUAACACUUAAAAGUACUCACAACCUCAACAACACAACAUAUCUAAAUGUGAGCUCUUCUGUCUUAAAUACCACAACACAAUACCCACAUGUUACACAAUAUAACUCAACCACUCAAUUUGAAGAUUCAACACCCUCAAAUAAUACAGCCCUUCCCCACUCUACAGAAUCACCAAGUAAUGUACAUGAAUCAAACACAACUGAAUUCAGUACAACAGCCAUUCCUUAUUACACAACACAACUUCUGAAUGAUUCAACACUUGAGACCACAAAUGCUGCCAAUGAUAGCACUACAAAUACACCAGAAUUCAACACUACAGUGUAUUCAUUUAACUUCACAACUUUUAAUACAACUGAUGUAACUUAUUCCAACAUAACAGACACACCGUUCAAUGCAACCGCCUUUACAUUGAACUCAACCUUGUUUAACACAACAGAUGCGCCACUGAAUUUGACCAGUAGGAUUUAUGCCAAUCACAGCAUUAACACAACAGAGACUUUCAAUAACACAUUAGAAUUUAACACAACUGUAAGCCCUGAAGUUAAUACAACACAGAUACAUACAACAACAGAACAUAUCACCAGUGGGCCAACCAACUCCACUUCAGAGCCUGUCACAACAGUUAGUCUCCCUAACACAACACAGUCAAAUGGCACAACAGAAAACACCUUUACUGAAAAUACAAUCACGAACACAACUACAAGCAAUCCAAUUAGCAUUCCAAACAACAUAACAACAAAUACUACCGCUAUUAGCACUGUAACAAAUAGCAGUACAGCUCCCACAACUGCUCCAUCAGCAAUACAGCCAAGCUCUCCUCAGAACAGCUCCACUUCCACAACAGAAGCUUCAAUUGUUGCUACAACUUCAACGACUAGUAGAAGCAACACAACGACAGUCACUACGACUCCUGCCGUUUCAACUGUGUCAACAACACCUACCACUACAAUGGCAACCACUUCAGAGACAACAACUAAAAGCCCAGACGCAGUGGCUAGCAGUCUUCUGAAUCAAACACAGAAUGUGGGAUCUUUAAACUCAACUGAGGUGAAUCAGCUGGUCAACCAGCUAGAGAAUCUUAUUUCUGCACCCAACAUUAGUGUGGAUCUAGGCCGAACAGUGCUGUCCGUCAUCAACAACUUUUUAAACAGCUCUUCAGCUGCUCUGGCUGACUCCUCUAACCGAUUAAUCAAAGCUGUGGACAGUUUGGCUCUGAAACUUGUGAUUCGGGACCAGACUGAGAACAUUGCAUUUGAUUCACUCGCUUUGACCGUGACCAAAGUUGAUGGGAGCAACUUUCGGACAACAUCACUCUCAAUUGCAGAUCCGUCAAACCCACAGAUCACAAAAGGACUUCAAAGACAAGUCAGGGCAGUGGAAAGUUCCACCCCCUUGGCCAAAAUAACACUACCUGCAUCUCUGACAGAGAGCCUCAGUAUGGAAGAAAAGAAGAUGGCCUCUAGAGUCCAGUUCACCUUCUUUCAGAAAAGCACAUUUUUUCAGGAUAAAACCCUGAGUCAACAGGAGCUGAACAGCCACAUUCUGGGCUCUAGUGUGGCUAACCUGUCAAUCAAAAACCUGAGGGAGAAUGUUGAGUUUACUCUGAGGAAUAAGAAGCCUGUGGGGAACCUUAAUGCUUCCUGUGUUUUCUGGGACUUUGACAAAAACGGAGGUUCAGGAGGCUGGAAUCGCAACGGCUGCUAUGUCAAGAAUAGCAGCACUGAGAAUGAAACCGUUUGCAGCUGCAAUCACCUGACAAGCUUUGCUGUACUACUGGACAUUAGCCAGGAAGGCAUAAAAGACCGUACACAGGCCACCAUCCUUACCUUCAUCACUUACAUCGGAUGUGGGGUGUCUGCCAUCUUCCUUUCGGUUACUCUGCUCACCUAUCUCGCGUUUGAAAAAAUCCGCCACGACAUCCCUUCGAAGAUCUUGAUCCAUUUGUGUUUUGCCCUGCUCUUUCUCAACCUGGCGUUCUUGUUGGACUCGUGGCUGGCGCUGUACACAGAUGCUGUGGGUCUGUGCAUUUCCACAGCCUUCUUCCUGCACUACUUCCUGUUGGUCUCCUUCACCUGGAUGGGGCUGGAGGCUCUGCAUAUGUACCUGGCCAUCGUCAAAGUCUUCAACAACUUCAUGUCCAAAUACAUGCUAAAGUUCUCCCUGAUUGGCUGGGGAAUCCCUUUGGUUGUCGUCAUUAUUGUGAUUGCGAUAAGCAAAGACAACUAUGGCCUCAUAAGCUAUGGAAAUUUUUCUGAUGGAACUACAGAUGAUUUUUGUUGGCUGAAGAAUAAAAUAGCAUUCUACGUGGCUGUUGUGGCGUACUUCUGCGUCAUAUUUGUGUGGAACCUGGGUAUGUUUGUGGUUGUGAUGAUCCAUCUGAGACGAAUCAAGCAGCGAAACCCUCACAAUAAUCAGUACCGCAGCAGUGUGCAAGACCUUCGUAGCAUUGCAGGACUGACUUUCCUGCUCGGUCUUACAUGGGGCUUUGCCUUCUUCGCCUGGGGACCUGUCAACUUGGCCUUUAUGUACCUGUUUGCCAUCUUCAAUUCCCUACAGGGAUUUUUCAUUUUUAUUUUCCACUGCGCACUGAAGGAAAAUGUCCGUAAACAGUGGAGAAUGUACCUCUGCUGUGGCAGUUUACGACUGGCUGAAAAUUCAGAGUGGAGUCGGACACAGAGCAACCACACUAAAAAGACUUCGAUUAUGACGGCAGAUUCGGGGUCCAACAGUGUACCGCGAAGCUCAGUGAGCAGCGACGACUCAGUGCCGUCCCAAGGCAUCGGCUCACCGUUGGACGACAGUGCGAUCAUGUCAGAGGAAGCAAAUGACGACGUGAUCUUCAACGAGAUGAACAGUCAAACCCGUUCACGACUCAGAUCUGAAUAGUUUUUAGGGAGGAUUAUAAACCCAGACAGGACAAUAGGUG